UUAUAAGCGGCCGACGGGCGGGCGCUUCGCAGUUUGAAUGGCUAGGGGCCCAGCCCCUCUGCACACCUGAGGACCGACCGAUCGUCCAGGGUUGCGCUAUGCCGUCCGGAGGCGACGAGUCGCCGCCGCCCCCACCACCCCCUCCGGUGGUGGCCAGCUCGGAGGAGGAGGAAGAGGAUGAGGGAGAGGCGAGGGGCGCCGCGCCGCCGGCCCGGUCGCCGACCCCUCAGACCCUGCAGCGGUUCGACGAGCUGUGCUGCCGCCUCAACAUGGACGAGGCGGCGCGGGCCGAGGCCUGGGACAGCUAUCGGAGCAUGAGCGAGAGCUACACGCUGGAGGGCAAUGAUCUUCAUUGGUUAGCAUGUGCCUUAUACGUGGCUUGCCGAAAAUCUGUGCCGACUGUAAGCAAAGGGACAGUGGAAGGAAACUAUGUGUCUUUAACUAGACUCCUGCGGUGUUCAGAGCAGAGCUUAAUUGAAUUUUUUAACAAGAUGAAGAAAUGGGAAGAGAUGGCAAAUCUCCCCCAGCAUUUCAGAGAACGUACUGAGAGACUGGAAAGAAACUUCACUGUUUCUGCUGUGAUUUUUAAGAAAUAUGAACCCAUUUUCAAGGACAUUUUUAAAUACCCUCAAGAGGAGCAGCCUCGUCAACCAAGAGGAAGGAAACAGCGGCGACAGCCCUGUACCGUAUCCGAAGUUUUCCAUUUUUGUUGGGUGCUUUUUAUAUAUGCAAAAGGUAACUUCCCAAUGAUCAGUGAUGAUUUGGUCAAUUCUUACCAUCUUCUGCUAUGUGCUUUGGACUUAGUUUAUGGAAAUGCCAUUCAGUGCGCCAACCGUAAAGAACUUGUGAACCCGAGUUUUAAAGGCCUGUCUGAAGAUUUUCAUGCUAAGGAUUUCAAACCUUCCUCCGACCCACCUUGUGUCAUCGAGAAGCUCUGUUCCUUACAUGAUGGCCUGGUUUUGGAAGCAAAGGGAAUAAAGGAACAUUUCUGGAAACCCUAUAUAAGGAAACUUUGUGAAAAAAAGCUCCUUAAAGGAAGAGAAGAAAAUCUUACCGGAUUUUUAGAGCCUGUGAACUUUGGAGAGAAUUUUAAAGCCAUCAGUAAGGCCUAUGAGGAGUAUGUUCUAUCUGUUGGGAAUUUAGAUGAAAGAAUAUUUCUUGGAGAGGAUGCUGAGGAGGAAAUUGGAACGCUCACCAGGUGUCUGAAUGUUGGGUCAGGAACAGAGAGUGUUGAAAGGGUGCAGAUGAAAAACAUCUUGCAGCAGCACUUUGACAAGUCUAAAGCACCUAGAGUCUCCACACCACUUACAGGUGCGAGGCACAUGAAGGAUAAUGGCCCUUCUGUGACAGCUACGCAUAGCUUGAGUCGUCUUCACACCAUGCUAACAGGCACCAGAAAUUCACCAAGUGAGAAACUGGAACAUAUGCUAAGGACAUGUUCUAGAGAUCCAACCCAGGCCAUUGCCAACAGAUUGAAAGAAAUGUUUGAAAUAUAUUCUCAGCAUGGUCAACCAGAUGAGGAAUUCAAUUAUUCUGCUAAAGAAAUGGCCAGCAGACAUUUUCGUUUUGCAGAGAUGCUUUACUAUAAAGUACUAGAAUGUGUUAUUGAGCAGGAACAAAAAAGACUGGGAGACAUGGAUUUAUCUGGGAUUCUGGAACAAGAUGCAUUCCACAGGUCACUGGUGGCCUGCUGCCUUGAGGUCGUCAUUUUUUCUUAUAAGCCUCCUGGGAAUUUUCCAUUCAUUGCUGAAAUAUUUGAUGUGCCACUUUAUCACUUUUAUAAGGUGAUAGAAGUAUUCAUUAGAGCAGAAGACGGCCUGUGCAGAGAGGUGGUAAAACACCUCAAUCAGAUUGAAGAACAAAUCUUGGAUCACUUGGCAUGGAAAUCAGAGUCUCCACUCUGGGACAAAAUUAGAGACAAUGAAAACAGAAUUCCUACAUGUGAAGAGGUCAUGCCACCUCAUAACCUGGAAAGAGCAGAUGAAAUUUGUGCCACUGGCUCCCCUUUGACUCCCAGAAGAGUGAGUGAAGUUCGGGCUGAUACUGGAGGACUUGGAAGAAGCAUAACAUCCCCAGCCACGCUGUAUGACAGGUACAGCUCCCCGACAGUCAGCUCCACCAGAAGACGGCUCUUUGUUGAGAAUGAUAGCCCCUCUGACAGAGGAGCAUCGGGACGCAUGCCACCGCAACCCCUAGUCAAUGCUGUCCCUGUCCAGAAUGUGUCUGGGGAGGCUGUUUCUGUCACACCGGUUCCUGGACAGACUUUGGUCACCAUGGCAACAGCCACUGUCACAGCUAACAAUGGACAAACUGUGACCAUUCCUGUACAAGGUAUUGCCAAUGAAAAUGGAGGGAUAACAUUCUUCCCAGUCCAGGUCAAUGUUGGGGGACAGGCACAAGCUGUGACUGGCUCUAUCCAGCCCCUCAGUGCUCAAGCCCUGGCUGGAAACUUGAGCUCUCAGCAAGUCACAGGAGCAGCCUUGCAAGUCUCUGGCCAGGUGGCCAUUCCACAGAUUUCCCCUGGUGGGCAGCAGCAGAAACAAGGUCUGCCUUUAACCAGCAGCAGUGCGAGACCCAAGAAGAUCAGCUCUUUAUCACUUUUCUUUAGAAAGGUUUACCAUUUAGCAGGUGUCCGCCUUCGGGAUCUGUGUGCCAAACUGGAUAUCUCAGAUGAACUAAGGAAAAAAAUCUGGACCUGCUUUGAAUUCUCCCUAGUACAGUGUCCUGAACUUAUGAUGGACAGACAUCUGGACCAGCUGUUACUGUGUGCCAUUUAUGUGAUGGCAAAAGUCACAAAAGAAGACAAGUCCUUCCAGAAUAUUAUGCGUUCCUACAGGACUCAGCCACAGGCCCGGAGCCAGGUGUAUAGAAGUGUUUUGAUAAGAGGGAAGAGGAGAAGGAGGAAUUCUGGCAGCAGUGAUAGCAGAAGCCAUCAGAAUUCUCCGACAGAACUAAAGGACAGGACCAGCAGAGACUCCAGCCCCGUCAUGAGGUCCAGCAGCACCUUGCCUGUCCCACAGCCCAGCAGCGCCCCGCCAACACCUACUCGUCUCACGGGCGCCAACAGUGACGUGGAGGAGGAGGAGAGGGGCGACCUCAUUCAGUUCUACAACAACAUCUACAUAAAACAAAUCCAGUCAUUUGCCAUGAAGUACUCACAGGCAAACAGUGCGGAUGCUCCUCCACUCUCUCCCUAUCCAUUUGUGAGAACAGGCUCACCUCGCCGAAUACAGUUGUCUCAAAAUCAUGCUGUCUACAUUUCCCCGCAUAAAAAUGAAGCAAUGCCUUCUCCUCGAGAAAAGAUUUACUACUACUUCAGCAAUAGUCCUUCAAAGAGACUAAGAGAAAUCAACAGUAUGAUACGGACAGGAGAAACUCCAACCAAAAAGAGAGGAAUUGUUUUGGAAGAUGGAAGUGAAUCACCGGCCAAAAGAAUUUGCCCUGAAAAUCAUUCAGCCUUAAUACGCCGUCUCCAAGAUGUAGCUAAUGACCGAGGUUCCCACUGAGGCACAAUCAAAACAGACAUCAGAAAAUGACGGAUGAGAUGUCAGCCUUGUACACGUGCAUUUCCCAAAAAGUUGUUCGCAUAGAAUGAGUACUCCCCAGUGAAGACACUUUGGAAAGCAAACAGUGAGUUAACUAUUUGAAAAAAGGCUAUGUGCUUACUUUCUGAGUCAGCAUCUUCUCUCUGGCUUCGUCGUGCACAGCAGGGUUCCAUGGGGAAAAGCUUAAGGAAGAGGAAGAUUUAAAAACUGUUUGCAAUUAAAUUUGUGUAGCAUCCAUUUUUCUUAGUACCUAGGACAGCUGCCAUAACAAACCUAACGAGGAUUUAAAGAGUAGGCUUUAAUUAGCUAUCAACAUGUAAGUUUUAGACAUUGCCUGUUCUUGCACGUAACUGCCCUUUACAGAGCGUUCUCCUUGGGUUAGCUCAGUCAGGCUCGCAACAACCCCGGAGGUUCUGUUAUUUAAAAUGAAGAAAGUGAGGCAGAGUAAAACUGAGUGACUGCUCUGGGUCACCAGAGCCCGGGCAGCAGCCAGCCAGUCUGUGUGCAGAGCCCUAGCGCUCAGUCACCACCCGUCCGGUCUCAGCACUGCCCCCGACACUUGUCCCCAAGAUCAGGUAUCGCAGCGCUGCAGGAGCCCACCCCUGCCACUAGGCACUCGCCCGCCGUCCCCCAAGUCAGAGUGUCGAUGGCGCUGUGGCCGUUUCAGAGGGACUCCCAGCUAAAAUGGCCCCCUGUGGAGGGUGGUCCUGGUGCUCGAAAGAGCGCUGUGUCAGGACCCUGAGGAAGCCGAUGUCCCUAAAUAGCUCGCCAUUGGCACAGUGGGCCAGUCCAUGUAAGGCUUUUUGUUCAAGAAGAGAGCCCCCAAGAGGCAUCAGAAAUCUUGCUUACAACAAGGGUUGUAGGCUAACAGAUUACAUGCUCUCCCUUUAAAGCCCAUUCUAAGACCAAAACAUGGAAACACAGGACCGCAAGGCAUGGUGCAUGUAGAAAACAGACCACUUACUUAAUGGCAUAGGGGUCUUCUAUCUUAGGCUGCUCGAACAGCUGGGCCGUGCCUGCCUUGACACUGUCAACCACUUUACUUUUAAACAGGUGAACAUCUUUUUCAUACCUGCAUUAAGAGUUUAAAUCAAAAAGUUACCAACAUUAUCUACUUCGCUGCAUAUUCAGGUUCAUCUUAAGUAUCAAAGUAAAGGAGCGUACAGGACGGCAGCCUCGGGGUUGAGGGGGCUUGCUGUGUCGAUCUUGUAGAACACCCUCCUCGCGUACAUCAGCACCUGCCAGAUGUGGUUGUGGUUCCGCCUGCAGGG